ACGCUGGAUUUCAUAAAUGAAACUAAUUAAAUACUACCCUCGAAAUCACAACAGCGCUCUAGAAAUCCAGGAGGGAGAGAGCCGAGAAAACUUAGCGGUGAGCGAUCCAAGCGGAAAAAAUGGAAGAAGAACAAAAGAGCAGUAAUAACAAUAACGGUAGCGUAAAUAAGAGCAAAUUAGAGACGGGAAAGUCGGAGAGAUCGGUGUGGCUCAUGAAGUGCCCUGUGGUUGUAUCUAAUUCAUGGAAAACCGCUGCGGAUAAUGAACCUAUUUCUAAAGUCGUCGUCUCUCUCGAUCCUCUCUGUCCUGAAUCUCCCUCUUCUCUCCAGUUUACGAUGGAGAUGGCCAACAAUGAGGCUGGGAAGAUGCCCAAGAGUUAUUCCUUGAACAUGUUCAAGGAUUUUGUUCCCAUGACCAUUUUCUCCGAAGUUAACCAAGGUAAAGUUGCAGUAGAAGGGAAAGUGGAACAUAAAUUUGACAUGAAGCCUCACAACGAGACCAUGGAGGAGUACAGUAAAAUGUGCCGCGAGAGGACAAAUAAGUCAAUGAUUAAGAGUCGGCAGAUUCAGGUUAUUGACAAUGAUCGUGGAGUACAUAUGAGACCCAUGCCUGGAAUGAUUGGAUUUAUUGCUUCCAAUUCAAGUUCCAAGGGUAAGAGGCCAGCAGUACCAGUAAAGGCUCCAGAUGUGAAAAGAACCAGAAGGGAUCGUAGUGAAUUAGAGGAUAUCAUGUUUAAGCUUUUUGAAAGGCAACCUAAUUGGACCUUAAAGCAGCUAGUCCAGGAGACAGAUCAGCCAGCGCAAUUUUUGAAAGAGAUAUUGAACGAGCUCUGUGUGUACAACAAAAGGGGAUCCAACCAGGGUACAUAUGAACUGAAGCCAGAAUACAAGAAAAGUGCCGAGGAAACGGCUGCUGAAUAAGUAGUUCUGUUCCUAAACUGAAUCGAUAAUGUGAGGUUGUGCUUUAGGUUCAAGGUACACGCAGACUAUAGGGUCACAUAGUCUUCUGCAUCUUAACUUCGUAUUUUGUAUUUUCCAAAGAUUAUAAUCGUAAUAGCUGGUGGACAUUGAUCGUAAUUUUGUUCUCCCAGAUGAGCAUUACUUCCGUCCACAGAUGUCAAUGUGAUGUUAAUUUUGUACAAAAAUAGUAUCAAAGGUAGAGUUGUUUUGAUGUCAA